UAGUCGCCGAUGAUACAUUUGUUUUCAUGUUUUUCCUUGCAUUCUAUUCUUUGCUCUUCUCAUGAUCAACAUGAAAGUACAUAAUUUAGCUCAUUUUAGCUGAUUAUUUUCUAUAGAGAUAUUACGAGUCUCUAAAAAUCUGCGCAAAACUUCUUGAUGAAUUACUAUCAUUAUCAAUUAAAAACCACUAAAAAUCCGAGUUCAUUCCCCCCAUUCUUCCCCUCGUCCAAGGAGCCGUAUGGCUGCUGUUUCCGACGUAGAUCAAUACCGGUACAGCCCAGCAUCCCAGUGGGUCUCGUCAUGAAGGGGCGAAAGUAGGAGGGAGGUAGUCAGAGAGAACUACAAAGGGUGGAGUUGAAACGUUAGAUAAGGGUGUAGUCGGAGGGAUGUCGAGACACGAGAAAGAAGCCCCGAGCGGUUGAAAUGCUCGUACGGAAGCCAAAUCAAGAGCAUCAUCUUGUCAGUCGGUUAGUCAACGCUCAGUGCUGGUAAAAUGAGGGCGUAAAGAAAAUUAAUUUGAUGAUUUAUUGUUGUUGAGGCUGGAAUGCUGAUGCGCGAGUUGGUCUGUGGCAUUAUUUACUGUGCCCUGUGGUACGGAAGUAUCGUCGCUGGAUUUCUCUUCAUCGCUUGUCCCCUACUUCCACUUUUGAUUUUAUCACCUCCGAAAUUCCGAAAAUGUGGGGAUCUGCUAUUUUCGUAUUGGGAGCUGUACCCCACAGCACUACUGAAGAUGUUUGGGGUGAAGGUGAUAGUAUCGGGUGACCAUAUAUCGCCCAAUGAAUCAGCCAUCCUCGUUAUGAAUCAUCGGACUCGCGUUGACUGGAACUUCCUCUGGGCGGCGAUGUACCAGGCCUGCAUGCCUAGCAUCGCUGCCCAUAAACUCAAGUUCAUCCUCAAGGACCCCAUUCGCCACAUUCCAGGACCAGGUUGGAUAAUGCAGAUGAACGGUUUCCUUUACAUAACUCGUCGCUGGGAGGAGGACAAAGGUCGACUGUCCCGAAUACUCGACUACCUGGUGGCGCUCCAGCGUCGCACCCAGCUCCUCAUCUUCCCCGAGGGGACAGACCUCACUCCCACUAGCAAGAAAAAAUCCGACAAAUUUGCAACUAAAAACAAUUUCCCCCUUUACUCCCACACCCUUCACCCAAAGACAACAGGCUUCAUCCACCUAGCUCGCCAUCUUCAAGACUCCCAGUACUUGGACGCUAUCUACGACCUGACCAUAGGCUACCCCGACUACGUACCCCAAUCGGAGAUCGAUCUAAUCCGUGGACGAAUGCCGAAGGAAGUCCACUUCAACGUGGAGAGAAUUCCAUCGCCUGAUGUACCUAACGAUGAAGAAGGACUGAGAAAGUGGCUAGAGGAACGGUGGAGUGCUAAGGAGAAGAUGCUGUCAACAUUCUCGGAGGAAAAGUAUUUCGUCUCUGAUCCCUGGAAAUUCCCAAUGACAAUUUCCCUGAGGAUUGCCUUUGGAUUUUGGACGCUCUUGACCAUCACGGCUGCCCUCAUGCUGAUCACCUCCACUUGGUUUCAAUUGUGGACACUCGCACAUACUAUUUUCUUUGUCUGUCUAUCGAUAUUCAGUACUGGGUUCAGUCAACUGGAGAUCGGCUACUACUGGAAGUGGAAAAACUUUUCGAAGGCUAAGGAGAAUUAGCUGGGGGGAGAAUUAGUUCAACUGGGGUAAGUUGGUUUGGGAAUUCCUAGGCAGCUGACAACAGAUGCUGAUAAUUUUCAUUUAACUGUCUAUUUGAAUUUGGUAUCUUUUAAAUCCUAACAAAUUUAAUCGUUUGACUCAUCCCGUUACACUGGGCUAAGUUAUUUUUGGUCAUGAAAUCCUACACCUGUAGGAGACCUUGUGGCAUAGUAGCGUAGUAUUGAUGUACAUAGUUAUAGGUUUAUGAACAGAUAUAGCAAGAAACGCCAGUACCCAAAAUACUAAGUAAGGAAAUUCAUUUUUUAGUAAAUGAAAUUUCUAUUUUCCUGUUGCACAGCGAUUGUGAUAAUCGACAAAACCAUUUGUUUAAUCAAUCAAUCGUGCAUUUUGAUGCAUAAAAAAUAUUAUCCAAUCCGUAAUUCAAGAAAAAUAAUUUCUACAAUAGAAAAUGAAUUAGAAGUAGAAUCGAUCCCUAGAAUAGAAAGUGGCCACAAAAUUUUUAAUCGCAAUUUCAAUCAGUGAAAUUUGUCUCCAGUCCCCCCUUUUCGUUAAUAUUUACACGAUAUUAACGAUUGACUCUAAAAUUAGUUGAUAAAGAAAUAAAGAUGCUAGAUUAUAUUUUUUCUGAAUGUCUAGGAAUAAUUUAGAGUUAAGAAACAUGAAACUGUGAAUUCACGUGCCAAAUGCAUAAAAAUUAAAAAAAACUUCUGAUGAAGUUGUCGUCUCCAGACCGGAGAUGUAAUUUACGAUUAACUUAAUUAGUCUUAUGUGAUUAAUAAUGUCCCUAUUGAUAAAUAUAUUUCCGUUUUAAUCGGUAUUGUAAAUAAUAAAAAGUACCUUUGAUGUUAAUUGAGAGGAUAAAACUGUCGGAAACUAUACAAAUCACUAUAUGAAAACAAUCCUAUUGUCGAUGUAAUGAAUAAUCAUCGUGUACCUUCUAUAGACUCGUGUGACUGGAAUAAGUACAAGUUAAUUUAAUUGUAGCCCAAAUAUCUGUCAAUAGUGUAAUCGUGUAAUUAUCAGGAAAAAUGAAACAAAUAUAUGAAAUAUUUAGAAGAAA